UAUACCACUUGUGCCGCAGCACAUUCUUAUAUCCAAUCCGUUAAAGAAGUUAAGUUGUGCUCACUGUCGAUGAUGAUGAUCUGACCAACUCUUCUUCAGUUUUCGUCUUCAGUUAUCGUCUAACCAUCAACCAGAUAAGUUGUGUUACAGGAGAAGAACUGAGAAAAACCUUAAGACUUGCGACGACAAACAUAUUAAAUGCGUAUUCAAAUCAAGAUAUCAGAACAAACAAAACAUUGUGUAGUGAAAUAAAGGAAACAUAGUUGAACAUAGCGGUAAUUACUUCGAACGGAGAAAAUAUAAAGAAUAUAGAAAUAAAAUAUAAAUAAGAAUAAUCAUAGUUGGUGGUUCUGUGUCAUCUUGUUUUUUCCAACAUAGUUCUCGCUGGUCGUUUUUAUUUCCAUUAUUUUAACGACUGAAAAGAGCAGAAAAAAAUCAGGAGAAAGAAUAAAAUAUAUAUAUUCUCGAACAGAUCGAUAAGCAGACAAACCUUUUAGUAGCAUACGAAUGAAUUUAGAAAAGUUUACAUAGAAUCAUGUGACAGCAUUAAAAGUUCCGAUAAUCAUCCAGAGAAUUUCACCGUUAAUAUCAUUUGAAUAAAAAAGCAAUUUUCGUAUGCUCCUCCACAUCAUUUCUCCAAACUGGCAAAAAAAAUAAAACCAAUUUCUUAGUGACGAAUCAAAAAUGCGAGCAACUCUUAUUUUGAUGAUAGCAGUUGGGACUUUUUGGCCAGCUUUAGCAAAGGAGAAUACAGCAACAUCAAUACCACAAAUCGAAAGUGGCUCUAAUGAUGAUGAAUACGACAGUGAAUCAGCUAGAAAGAUCAUUGGAUCGAGAGUAGUGACUUCAGUUUCGGUCGUGAUGAAUGGAAAAGAGCCACAAUUUGCGGAUGCAGUCGGCAAUUAUAUACCGAGACCUUUGGUUCCGCCACGUGUUGCGAGUCCCGUAAGUUUGCUGGAUCCUGAUCGUUAUGAAUUUUACACGUUCAACGAUGACGGCGAACUGGUCAAGCGACUAAUGACAAUGGAAGAGAUCCAAAGCAUAGUCGCCAAUGGGGACAGUGAACAACAAGUUCUGGCCAAAAAUCCAACAGGAAUCACGGUUGAUAAUGAGGCCAGUAUUCGUGACAUAGUUAAUAAUGUGCAAAAAGUUUUACACUCUGAAAUGGCGAACAACAAUUUCACGGCCAGUUUGAUGCAUAAUAAAUUGGAUACGCCUGACACUUCUUCAUCGUGGAGCUCAAUAUUGCCCGCAAUUUUCGGCAAUACUGGCGAAUCAAUAUUGGCAAAUAAACUGCCAGUGACAACAGGAAGCACGGCUGAUUCAAUCAUCAUGCAUACAACCAAUAAAAAACCAGUAACACACAAAACGCCGAGUACGUCAUCGAUUUUGAAAACCACCCUGCCACCGAAAACUACAGUCAAUAAGUUGACGAAGCAAAAGCCGAAACCGACCCGACCUGCUUCAUCAUCAAUUACAGCAACGCCUAAGCCAAGCACUGUGGUAACGCAAAAAAUUAAAAAUUCAUCAACUUCUCAAACAACACAAAAUAUAAAAAAUACCAUACCACCGACAAAUAAAAUUCAAUAUUUGCAACAAAGCUCAUCUUCCACAUUAAAGCCCACAAAAAUUUUCACCGCUGGAAAACCAUCCAGUAGUUCUUCAAAACCUUCUACGGCAUAUGUACAAAAAAUCACACAGACUACACAUAAAGUGACUCAACAUCCAAGCAAAACUACGGCUCAUCUAGUAGAUACUACUUUCACAAAAAAAACAACAUCAAAACGUCCAACCACACAAAGUAAAUAUCCGACGAGUACUUUGAAAACAUCACCCACAUCCAUUUCAAGCAGUAUUCAUACAACUAAAUUGCCUUUGACCGUGCAAACAACAUCGACGAAAAAAAAUAGAAUUCCAGAAGGGGAAACCACUUCAUCCGCAUAUCAUACCUACAUAACAACCAUUCCAAAUAAAAAGAAAAUCAGUUCAACCACACCCAGUUAUAAGACCACAAAGAUCGUUACGGAGACAUUUACGCCAAAAGAAAAUGUAAUUACAACAGGCGAACAACACAAAUACACAACAACAAGUCCCUUGCCAGUCACUACACGUAGAGCAGUUACGAGCACAAUUCAGCCAACAACACGAUCGCCACCUCAAACAUUGAAUCCAGAUGCAGCUGCAAUCAUUGAGCCUGAACCAGAUAAUAUUUUCGAUUCCGAAUUGAGUUUGAAUCAGAUCAUUGAAAGUUUGAAAGAUCUUGAAGGAACAACAAUGCCAUAUGCAUCAAAUUAUAUGGAUUUCGUAGAUUUGACAACAUCUGAACCAAAUUCAAUGCCACCAUUUGAUAAAAUCAACUCUGAGUCUGUAACUAUUAUGAACAAUGGACAGAAUAUGAACGCACCAAUGAAUUCAGAAAAGGACGAUGCCGAAUUCAAGCAAUCGGUUAACAGCGUUUCAUAUAUUCCACAAACUACAAUGGAAUUCUUAGAACUUUCCCCAAUUACCGAAAGCUACAAUAAGAAUAAUAAAAAUCGCACGAACGCUAUUCUAACUGCUCAGAAACAUCAUUAUACGAUACCUAGCAUAGAGCACAAAGAAAGUGAUGAUGAAAUGGAAAUGGUAUUGGAUUUAGAUGGUGAAAAGACAACCACUAUUACUGCAACAACGAAGUUAGAUAUUACAACUCCAGACGGAUUAAGUAAACAGUCAACAAACAGCAUGGAUACAUUAAUGAGAGAAUCUUUCGAUAGUGUGCUCUCGCAAGUACAAAGUGAUGGUUAUUCGACAACAUUUGAUUAUAACGAUGUUGAAACGACUACAUUUUCACAAAUGCAACAAGAAUCGAUAACAAUAAAAUCAAAUGACAAGAAAAAAAUUAUUGUCAAACCGACACCAUACAUCCCAAUCGAUGAAGGCGCAACUGAACCCAUGAAAUACUUUGAAGCAGUCAUUAAACACUAUGAAUUAGAGAAAAAUAAAAACGAAUCGGCCAAUAGGACCUCUGCCGAUUUAACAACUGAAAAGCUAAUAGAAGAAGUUCUUAUGAAAACUACCGAAAAAUCUUCCUCAAUUGAAACGACAACAGCAGAUUCAGACGCUAUAGACCUGACCACGGAAAGCGUUUCAGAGGAAAAUCUGGGUGACCAGACUCAAGCACCAAUUAGAUCAUCAGAAACUGUUUCCGAAGGUGAUCCGACGACAACCGAGUAUUCAACUGAAGAUAUUCCCUCCGAUAUGUUGAGAACUGAGCAUUUAGAUGGUGAUGAAACGACACAAGCAAUUACGGCGGAACCCGAAGAGAUUUCAAUCAUUCAAUUUAUCAGAGAUUCAACAGAAAAACAUGAAAUUAUAUCAUUAAAAUCAUCUACUGAAAAGAAUGAAAAUGAGUUUUCCACUCGUGCUAAUGAAGAUAUUACUACAACCGAAAAAAUCACCGAAAGUGAUGAUAUCACCACUAAUUCGGACAUUUUAGAUCAAUCAACAAAUAUCAAUCAUGAGAUUCAAGAGCAUCAUCAAACACAAUAUGAAAUGAUUCAGUUGAUCGAAAAUAUCAUGAAGAAUAUCACAAGUGAAAAGGCGAAUAGUAGUUUACAAAAUGCAACUAAUACCUCAAUUGAGCGCAAGGAAGAUGGUAAUCAAUUGUCAAAUAGAACUAAAGUAGAUAAUGAUGAGGUAAUCGAAAGUGAAACUACAAAAAGAGAUGAAAUUGAAUUUUUAGAUUUGGGUGAGGCCACAACUACACCAGUAAGCAUGCCGUUGAUGGAAAAGAUUCAAAACGAAGUUAAAUCGAAUCGCACGGCUUCUGUGAAGAAACCGUUAAAUAAAUUGAAAAUACCAACAUUGGCUCCGAUACUGAACAAUCUAAAAAUGAAAGUUGUGAACGCUCUUAAAAACACAAACACAAUUAAUUUAGAACCGGCGCCAAAACAAGCACUCGGUCUCGAAGAAAGUACGACCCACGCUAGCGAAGAUAUUUUGGAAUUUACAAAAUUCUGCAAUGAGGUCGCUUUCAACUUCUGGACCGCACUGAAUAAUGAUGGUAUUAGCUCGGCUCGAAGUUUGACACUGUCACCAUUUGCAUUAACUUCAAUGUUGGCUAUGCUAUUUUUGGGAGCAAGAGGACGUACAUCAGGCGAAAUAAAUGACAUGCUUCACUUGGAUGACAUUGUCACUUUUAAUCCACAUGCAAUGCUACAGAACAUCAGCGACUCUGUUAAUGAGAAGAAAGACGGAUAUGUAUACAGUAAUGCGUUCGUACGAGAAUUGUUGAGUGAACGAAGCAGGGGAAAGAUUCUUCCGUUUUUCAAAGAGAAAGUUAAUCAGUUCUAUUCCGGUUAUGUUGAAGAGAUAAACUUCAAUACGGUUAACGAUGUCAUCAGGCGUCGAACUAAUUUACUGAUAAAACGUCAUACAACGGGCAAAGUGAAUGAAUAUUUAAAAUCUAGUAAUGUUUGGGUGAGACCACCGUUGUCCGGAAUCAGUGCAAACAUCUUUGAAACGGAUUGUUCCAAAGCAUCCAAAGUUGAACGAGAUGGUGAAAUGUUCUUCCAAGUAUUGCCCGCAAUACGGCAGCGUCGCUUAGUUCCAAUUCCAGCUGUCGUUUGGAAAAGUGGAUUUACUGCCGGCUACGAUCCAGAGUUAGACGCAACAGCUGUUGCAAUUGGUUUAAGCAAAGACACUGUAAGCACGAUCUUUGUUAUGCCAGGCCAACAAGGGCAUUCAGCAUUGGGUGAUAACUUGGAACGACUUGAAUCAGUAUUAAUGGUGAAUGCCGUGUCACAGAAUGCUUGGCGACGUUUGUUGGCUACAUUGAUGGAAAGACCAGGUUUAGAGGUUCAAAUACCUCGUUUCACACAUCGUUCAUUCGUCAACACAACGAAUUCGUUACGAAAACUAGGUCUUGAUACACUUUUUGACCAAAAUUUGGCUGACCUGCGUGGUAUAACUGGUUCUAUUGCUCGUGACAUGUAUGUUUCAGAUUUGGUGCAAAUCAACACAUUUAGCACAUGCGGUGAGGAUAAAUUGCCGGAAGAACAUCAUGUUGAAAUGUAUCCAGCUCCACCGAAUAAGCAUCGUACGAUGGAAUACACAUCAACAAAAACAACGCCGACAGCAAAACCAACUCCAGUGCAUGUUGAUUAUGAGAAUGAACGUGCUUUUGCUUCAGAUCCCAUUUAUGAUUUGAGAUAUUUAAGUUUACCUCUUCCAUUGCGACCACGGCAAGCAAGAGUCCCAGAAAUACCACGAUUGAGGUUCGACAAACCAUUCAUUUAUUUUGUUCGUCACAAUCCCACAGGAGCCGUUUUAUUUAUGGGGCGUUUUAACCCACGUUUACUUCCGUAGUUUUUUAGACUUUGAUAUAAUAUUUAAAUUAUUAAUUAUUUAAGAUUCGUCAAUUUCUGGCGUAGUAGAAGUAGAAGUAGAAGUAGUACUAGCAGUAAUGAACCAAGAAAUUUUAUGAAAUCAAAUUUCAAUAAAAACAUUAUUCAUAGUUAAUUGGAAGAGAAUGUUCACAUGUGACAAAACAAAUGCUAAAACAUUUCAUUUAUAUUUCAUUUUACCUAAUCAAUUGAUUGACAUGAUUGUUUGAAAUUGAAAUUGCAAGAAGAGAUAAGGGAAAACAAGCCGAACAUAUGUAAUAAAUUAGAAUAUGAUUAUUUCUCCAUUUUAACAAUAAUAAUAGAAAUUAAUUAGUUAUUGAUAUUUUUCAUAAAUAGGAUAGAUCCAUCAAUUGCUGAUAUCGUGUUUUUUCUUCUUUGCUUUCACUCUUGCUUUUGCUUCUUUUUUUUACCUUGUGAAAUUGAUGAAUAGGAAAAUGGAAAUAAACAUUUUUUCUUUAAAUUUAUAAAA